AUUAAUAAUAAUCAAUGUGAAUUGUUUAUUGUUUUAAUUAAUUAAUUGAUAAACAUCGUAACAAUUUAAGAGAAAACAAUGUUAGGAGUUUGUUUCUUGAGAUGAGAAUCAAUUUUAAUCAAACCAGCACAAUCAAAUAACAACAAGCACAAUAUAAUCAAGGUUAGAAAUUAACAAUCAUAAUAGAGCAACAAUUAAAACUAAUAACAAUUAUAAUUAUAAUAAAAAAAGUUAAAUAUAAGUUAACUCUCUCCUUUUGUUACAAAUCAAAUUAACUCAAGUGAACGAGUUGAUUAAAAGUCUAUGAAAGUUUUAACACUUAAUUAUUACAAUUAAACAUUAUCAUCAUCAGGUCUCUACCUUUAUAAAUAUUUUAAUCAACUUUUCAACUCGUUUUUUAUUGUAACAAUCAGCAAUCACAAUUAACUUUCACUCUCUCUCUGUGUGUGUAUAAACAUAUAACUUUUUUUUCACCUUUUUUUUUCAUUGUGCAACAAACAAUCAACAACAAUUAAGGUCGGUAACCUGAUUGUUUUUAAUUGUCCAUCAUAUCCGAUAAUUAAUCAGCUCAUCACCAUCAAUUAAUUGUCACCAAUCAACAGUAACAAUCAACAUCAUCAAAACUUUUUUUCAUCUUCAAUUUGUUUUGUUUUUGUCAAUUUUUUUUUACAACUUUACUAAUCAUUAAUAAAGUUUUUACGAUUUGCUGAAUGAAUCUGUUAAUUAUUUGGGAUUACUGUCAACAAUUAACAUCAUCAUUGUCAUCAAAGUUUUUAUCAAGUCAACAAUUAACUUCAUCUGUAACUCAAUCAUCACCAAUAGUUUGCUCAUCAAUAGUUAAUUGUAACUAUUUAAAAAACCGUAAAAGAAGAAGUGAUUUAAUCAAGUUAACAAUUUGAUAAUUAAUUCAAUUUUAACCUUAAAGAAAAUUAAAUUAAUCAAUCAAUCAAAUAUUGAUUCACCUUUAGCACAAUCAAAUUAAUAAAAAAUACAACAGCAACAACAACAUUAACAAUCAAUUCCAGUGACAAAUUACAACUAACUAACUGAUUGUAACUACAACAAUUAAGCAACAACAACAACAACAACACCAAUAAAAAAAUGGCCUCCAAAAAACAAUCAACAUGGAGACGAUUAAUUGACUUCAUGUCACUAAUGAAACUUGACCUUUGCCUUUUACUUUUCGGUAUUGCAAACAAUUUACAAAAUGUGACCGUUGUCCAGUUAGCCGAGGACAAAAUGUGCAUCAACAAUUUAAAGUUGCCCGUUAAUUAUUGUCUAACGAUCACCGAGAAGCACAAUAACGAGGAGAACGCCCAGUUGAUCCUCAAGCACGCCGACGAUAUCAAGAAUUGGCAGUUCUUUAUCAUGAACAUCCCAGGAACGAUAAUCUCAGGAUUCCUUGGCUAUUGGCUCGAUAAGUAUCCUCAUUACCUCAAGUUCAUGGUUUUACUUACCCUGUUUGCUGAGACCCUCCAAUCAAUCAUAUUGCUGGCAAAUGCUUAUGCAUUUUCAAUCACCUCAUAUGCCAUUCUUUUGGCUUAUGUUCCGUUCGCAUUAGGAGGAGGAAUGUUCCUAAUCUAUGGAGCCUGUUACACUUACGUCGCUUGGUCAACUCCACCUGAAUUGUUGAUCAUUAGAUUUGCUAUAAUGGAGUUUGUUAACAUGAGUGCGGGAUUCAUUGGUACUUAUAUAAGUGGACAGAUACUUAUAAUGAAACCAUGGGUUCCCGAUCAAGCUCGUAAUUAUAUUGGAGUCUUAGCUUUAUCAACGAUUCUCUUGAUGACCACCCUGUUGAUGGCGAGUUUAUUUAAAUUGAAAAACAUGCCCAAGGCAACAGCAGAAAACGCUAAUCGUAAAUUAUGCGCUGUAUUUGUGGACGUAUUCAAAUUGAGCCGUUUAAAUGAUUUAUUUUCCACUUUCUUCAAACGGCGACCCAACGCUGGGCGAGUCCGUCUACUGUUGUUAGUAUUAUCGGGUACCCUUUGUCUUGGUGCAUUCCAUGGAGAGGAAACAAUCGGCUACCAAUAUGCCCAACGUGUUUACGGCUGGUCAGCGGAAAAAUAUUCAACCCUCUAUUCACUUUUAUCCAUAAUACCAGCAUUAGCAACUUCCCUUGGACCUCACAUAUUGAAAACAUGUCUCGGUUUAUCCGAUUCACUGAUAGGAAUUCUUGGAACUAUUUCUGUUUUCACCAUGAAUCUCAUCCAUGGGGUUAUCCUUACACCCUAUGGUUUCAUUCUUACCUACAUAACGGGUGCUCUUCACAGAGUUUCCUUCGUCGCCUUUAGGUCACUAAUAUCAACGAUGGUUGAUUCUUGCGAGGCCGCUAAAAUAUUCACCCUGAUCACAGUAUUUGAUUCCUAUGGUGCUCUUGGCUCAGCCUUCAUGUACACCCGAGUAUUUAAUGUAACAAUUCAAAACAAUCCUGGUCUAACAUUUAUCAUCGCCGCGAGCAUAUUAACAAUUCCCGUGUUGACCUGCAUAUGGCUUGAAAUAACCCGAUCAAAAUGGGAGCCGAAAAUACCUUCCGAAAAGGACAAUAUCUAUGGACAAAAGUCCCAUCCAGAAAGCGCAAUUAACGACAAUCAAAAUCAUCCAUCACCAACAUUAAUGAAAAUCAAAGAUUUAACCAUUGUAAAUGUAUCAGAGAAAUUUUAACUCUACAAUUAAUUUUAAUUGUGAUUAGUGGUUAAUUUUUUUUUGUUCAACUCUCGUUACUUGUAUUAUUUUAUAUUGUCUUGAUAUUAUCAAUUUCAAUCCUAAUCAUUGUUUUCAUCUAAAUUCAAGUUAAAAACUUUUUUUACCUAAUUAAAUUAAUCAUGACAAAUCUGCUAUGAUAUAAAUAAAAGUCCAAAACAUUUUCCAUUAAA